UUUUUCAUCUCUGAUUUAUCCACCCCAGGGAGAGUUUCGUCGUGCAAUAGAAGAAAUGAAAUGUUUACCAUCACCUAUCUUGCAUCUUGGGGAUCGAUCUAUAAAUAUAACUUUACAAAGAGCAUUUAAUAGUUUAACACUUUGGCAGACGAUGAAAAUUGUUUUCAAGUUAAUAUUUUCCAACAAAACCAUAACAAAGGAGGAAGUGGAGCAAUGCAAACAGAAGGAUUUACUUGAAGAAUUAUUGGAACAAAUGGCAGAUGAAUAUCCAGUAUUCCGUGAUGUUUUUGUUACUGAACGCGAUAUUUAUUUAUGUCAUUCAUUACACGUCGCUGCGAUGCCUCAGCUACUUGAAUCCGACGGAAAACCAAAGCCAACUAAGGUUGUUGCAGUUGUUGGCAUAGGGCACAUUGCUGGGAUUGAAAGUAAUUGGAAAAAGGGAAUGCUUGAUGAAUCAACAUUAGCCAAAAUACUAUCAGUACCACCACAGAGUGCAAGCUUUAGUAAUCGAGCAUUCAAAUUUGGUGUGAAAUAUGGAUUUUUCCUAUUACUAGGUUGUGUCAUAGUGCGGAAAAUUUCUAAGUUGAGGUGGUGACCAUUUUUUUUGAGCAAUUAAAAGAAAUAAAAGCAAUUAGACUAAUGUAA